CAUGAAACCGCAUCUUCGGUUUCUUCAGGUAAUGGGCUGGUUUAUGGUCCAGCUUUGGCUCCCUAAUAAAAGACCGCAAUGUCGCCCAUUUCAUUCAUCUCCUACACCUUCUAUGGAAUCGUAUGCAAAAACUCCAUAGCGACUCUGAACCUUAAAACCCUUCUAAAACCCCUCCAUUUUGAAACGCCUCUCUUUAAAACUCUACUAAUUUCCCACCAAACCAAAGCUCUAUUCAAAACCCAUAACUCAUUUUACAAACUCUUCCCUCCUUUACCGUCCUUCACAAUCAGAACCCUUAGUUCCUCUCCCCAGGAACCAACCAAGAAGCCACUUUCUCUGUUGUUUGAAGAAACUGUAGGUUUAACUGAAAAGGUUGGUGAAAACGAAAGCCAGAGUCAUGACGAAAAGAAUGGGCUAAUGAACACAUUAAGGGACUUGGAGAGAGAAGCUGGGGAGUUCAAGAAAAACCCAAAGCCUGAAAAGGAAGACAAAAAGAAAGUUGAGAGGGAAAACCCCAAGAAAGUUAACAGUUUGGUUGGCUUGUUUGGGGGUGAAAAGAAGGAAAAAAAGGUGAAAAGGAUGGCGAAACCGAGGAGAGAAUCUGGGGAGGUAACAGUUUUUAGGGAUCUUUCGGUGUUUGUAGAGGGUUUCGUUAGGUAUUUGUUUUCAAAAGGGUAUUUUGACAAAGCUAAUUUCUUGGAGGACAACAAGUUGGAUUUUGGGCACUUCGAUAAUACUUAUGCUAGAGGUUUUAUCAAGUUUGCUGCUUACGAGUUUGCUAAAGAUCAUCAUGAGAUUGCAAAGUGGCUGUCAAGCACACGCUUGAAGAAAGUGGCUGCCUUUGGUUGCCCUUCUCUUGAUAAAACUAAUGUCUUUUCUGCUAAGAGGUUGCGAAAAAUCUUUAAAAUUCAAGAAGACACUGUUUGCAGUCAGUGCGUGUUAAAGGAUUCAUGCAGGUUUGCUAAUAAGGGUGUGUGGGGCAUUACAACAAAGAGUUUGCUUCUGGUCGAUGUAAUGAAGGUUAUCAUUUUAUAUACUUUAGACCAAGAGAAUCCGAAGCUCAGAGUUCUGGAGGAAGUGCGGGAUUCAGCCAACAAAUUGCUGGAGGAGAUUAUAAAGCUAAGUCAAACCACAUGACAGAGGCUUCUAAAAUGUUCCUACAGGUACUUGGGGUGAACUCAGCUGGAACCUCUUCACUUUCAUUUUGGCUGUUUACAUUGGUUUGUUUUGGAACACGUGUUACAGAUUAUGGAUAUGAUUGCAAGGAAUGUGGAUCAAGUUUUGUUGGUGGCAUAGAUGAUCUCAUUGUUAGACAAGCACACCUCACUGUCACUGCUGGUUUUGCAUUCAGAUAUAUGCAUCCCACCAUUGAUUUUCAUUUCACUGGUACAGUAAUCAAGC